AUGUUUGGAUUCAAGAGCAAGGGCUGGGGCUUCCUCGCCCUCAACUUUGUCCGCGGCAUCAACAUCAUCGUGCUUGCCACAAUAGCUGUCUCGUCUGCUGUGCUCAUGGUUGUGUCCAAGAUGCCCGACGGCUACACCUUCUUCAGCGAUAUAUCCCUGGCAUUCCUGAUCACUGUCUGCUUCUUCCUCGGUCUUUCGGAGCUUGGCAUCUGGGGAGCCUUCUUUGAAAGAAACUGGCCGGCUUUUGGACCUGGACGAGGCCUGACCUGGCUCGGUUUCUCUAUGAUCAUGAUGGGAUCCCACACCCUCGGGAAGCUCAGCGAUAGUCGUAACAGCAAAGAAAACAUGGGUGUCAUCUUCUGGAACCUGUGCAUGGCUGCCGGUAUCCUCGCUCUCAUCUUUGGGUUCGUCAACGUCUUCAUGUCCUGGUUCUUCGGCAAGCGCCUGGGCCGAAACGUUCGUGUCUUCCGCCAGAACGGUGCUACCGAGCCGGAGGAAGGCUGGCCACAGAGCGACGUCUACUCCAGCCACUCAAGCGGUUCGGUCCGCAAGGAGAAGUCGAGGAGAACCACGCUGUUCGGAUUCGGCAAGAAGAAGCCCGAGAUCAGCGCACCGAUUGCUCACCACGACAUGGAGAAGGGCAUGCCUCUCGAGAGUCGCGGCUCGCCGAUUGCACCCGAGAUUCAGCGCCCACCCACCCUCCAGCACCCGGCCAUGCGACGUGGCUCCAUGAGCCACUACAGCGUAGCAAGCGAGAUCACUCGCUUUGGCGGCAACGACAACCAUUUCUAA